ACACACUCCACCUCUGUUUCUCUGCGACACCGAAGCCAUUACUCAUUACCAGCUCGUCGGUGAGGGUUUAAGAAGAGACCAGUGAAACCUUGCUUAAACCCUAAAUCCCAGAAAUGGAGCUGCAAUCAGUUUGUCUUGGGAUUCCCAACUCAAAUUUCGCUUUAUCCAAUAACCGUAUAGUCCCUCACCAAACAGUUGCAGCAAGUUACGGUGGGCGGCUUCGUACUAGAAUUGCUUCCAAAUCUUAUUUGGUGCCAGGAUUGAACAUGUCUGUGAAGAAGUCCUCAAUGAUUUGCUUGAACAAAGGAGCUAUUGUGUGUGCUUCUAACCAUAGUAUUGAUGGGAAGUUGGAUUUCUCAAGAGAGAAAGAUUCUAAGGUGCCUAGUAAGGCAAGUGAUGGGGUGGAGCCUUUUCGUGGAAAGUCGGGUUCGAUUUCCUUUUGUGGCUUGACACACCAGUUAGUAGAGGAAGGGAAACUGCUUUCAGCUCCGUUUGAUGAAGAGAAGGGGUCGUUUCUUUGGUUUUUAGCCCCUGUCGCGUUGAUUGCGUCAUUUAUUUUUCCGCAGUUCUUCAUUGGUAAUGCCAUUGAAGCUUACUUGCAGAAUGAGGUUCUCGUAGAAAUCACAACUUCAUUAGCUUCAGAGGCUGCAUUUUAUGUGGGACUUGCAACAUUUUUAAUUGUCACUGAUCAUGUUCAGAGGCCCUAUCUACAGUUCAGUACAAAGAGAUGGGGUCUCAUUACUGGCCUAAGAGGAUACUUGACAUCUGCUUUCUUCACAUCAGGCUUCAAGGCGGUUGCACCCCUGGUUGCUGUUUAUGUAACCUGGCCGGUGCUUGGCUUGCCAGCCUUGGUUUCUGUUGCUCCCUUUCUAGUAGGUUGUGCUGCUCAGCUUGCAUUUGAGUGGGUUCUUGACAAGCGUGGAUCAUCUUGUUGGCCACUAAUUCCUAUUAUCUUUGAGGUUUACAGACUAUAUCAGUUGACAAAAGCUGAUUACUUCAUCAAGAAAUUGAUGUAUUCAAUGAACGGUCUGCCUACAUCCCCAGAACUUCUAGAGAAAAGUGGUGGAUUAUUUGCGAUGGAGGUCACAGUCGGAACCCUUUCUGUGGUGUGCCUGUGGUCUCUGGUGACAUUUCUCAUGAGGCUUUUUCCUUCGAGACCUGUAGCAGAGAAGUACUGAUAUAUGUAUGGGAGGAUGUAUAUUCCAACUCUUUUUGUUGCUUUGCUCAUUUAGGAUCGUCUACAAUCUUAAGUUUCGAUCAUCUCUGAUUCGGCUUGUAAUGCCGUUGGGAUUUUGUUGUUCUGGUCUAAUUAGCCUGUUCUCUUGCACAACGAUGGUAAAAUAAGAAAUUUUGUAUGUGCGUCUGCGUCUACAUGCUUGUGGUUAGCUUUAUAUUUUACCUAGACACUUUGGAGGUGCCAACUGCCAAAGGUAU